CGUAGCCUUUGAAACCUUGCCCGGCGCGCGAGUCGCUUUCUCACUUCAAAGUCGGUGCAGCGCUGGAGAGAAAAGCGACGCGCAGGCAUCUCGGACUCUCGCCCUCCACCGGGCGUGCUAGGCGGCGAUGCUUCCUCGCCAGAUUCCCGAGUUCGGGAUGACGAUGGCGGGCGGCCGCCAACGCCGCCGCCGCCGCAACAGCAGCACCAGCAGUCCAGCACUGACGAACUGAGAUACUGACGUAAAUAAAACUACAGCAGUAUGUUCAGCGUAGACGACCUUCUGAUUUCUCACGGAUACAAGCAAUCUAAAAAUCCUACCAAUUCAUCUGAAGUUGCUGGAGAUCAGCAUGAAGAUACUGGUAGGCGGUCUGAUCAGGCAACCAGGAAUGGUUUACCAAUCCAUCCUGGAGCCAUACCCAAGACCAAUAAAGCAAGAAGAUACCAAAAUGACAACGAGAAUAAUCCUGUCGGUCGAGGGAGGCCAAGGAACACCCACCAGGAAUAUUUCUCAGGUCCAGGCAACAUGCAAGGAGAGCUUUAUGACCAAUCACUAAGUAGGUCUUCGCCCUCCAAGAAAGAGAACGAUUUUGCCUCCUGGAGAAGACAGUGCCAAGAUUUCAGUGCUUAUGAUUAUCCUGACAGAGUAGACAAGGAAAUGAGAGGAAUGGGUGCAGCCUGUGCCUUGUUUGGAGAUGAAAACAAAGUUCAUUGGGGGACUGAAGAAGGAUUAGAGAAUAUGAGGAGUAACAAACAGGAGGCCAUGAAACUUCCUGGUGACUACAGAAGGCAAAGUUUAAAGACAGAUACCUGGAAACAACCAACUGUCUUUGGACGACGUGAGCCUGAUACAGAUAAUAAAAAAAGGCCACUUCAAAUUGUGUAUUCAGGAAGGCAAAACAUUGCAGCUUCCCAUGUUAAGAAUAAACCACAAUCUUUCCCAAUAUUUAUUUCGUCAGAAAAUUCUAACUAUGCUGAAAUUCCUGCUGUAGCCAGCAGUAAACAGUAUAAAGUAAAGCCUGAGCUGGAAUCUUUGAAAUACUUUGAACCAACAGCUAGGCCCAAGUAUGGUAGACCCCUGAAGCCUCCUUCAUAUGAAUUUCAUCAGCAGAGUAGGGGGAUUGUGGAAACCAAUCCACCACAGGAUGAACAGCAAACACGCAAAACCACUUUCUAUGUGACCAAAGUUGAAGAUCAAGAUCCUACCUUAGGACCCCCAUUGUACAUACCUCCUCCAUCUUACAAAUCUGGUCAGCAAAGUAAGAAUCAACAUGUGCCCGAAGAAGUGCCUGACUAUGAUGAGUCCUUUGUCAAGGAAACACAAGUUCUAGACCAGGGUAUUUGUAUUAGUUCUGGGUCUUCUGUUAAUCAGCUACAAAUGGAAGAUGAAGAGCCAAUUUUGUUUAGUGAAACACAGGUGAGGUGUCAGGAGAAACAACUGUCUUCUGUUCAAUAUAUUCCUUUUGAUGACCCUCGAAUACGGCACAUUAAAAUAAUACAUCCAGCUGACCUUCAUCAGAUGGAGGAUCAAGCAGAAGAUGCAAAUAACAGUAGUGUCUUCCAUAAAAAUUCUGUGGAUAAGGAGCUCAGUAAUUUGAAUGUUGAUGUACCAGACUCAAUAAACAUUGCUGUAAAAUCCAACCAGGUCUCUGACAGAAGCAGAUGGUUGGUGGAAUCCAAUGCAGAUCAGGAUAGUGGUGUCUUGUCCACCCAAAGAGGCUCUUAUGACACAGGCAUCAGUCUGAACGGUGCAUAUGCUAAAGCAAGGCCAUCUGCUCAAAGCCCAGGUGCAACAGAUCUCUCCACUGAGACUUUUACAAAAGUGAAAACCUUUGAACCUGGAAUUGAGAUUCAAGGCAAAAACCAUUUAAAGAAGAAAACAAACGAAACUAUGUUUUGUUUGGUAUCUAUCUCAGCUGAAUCUGAACUGAACAUGCCAGCUUUUGAUAGGAAUAACAAUGCAAUACAGGGUUCCAGUGAGAAGUAUGACACUGACAGCAAUAGAGAUCUAAAAGAACAGAGUUUCCUAAGUAUGUCUUCUACUGAUUUAGAGCUCCAAGCCCUUACAGGAAACAUGCUCAAUAAAACUGUGUUAGAGAAACAAGAUUUUCAGAGACCAGAGUUCAAACAAAUGAAUUAUGUCAGCUCCAAGCAACCUCCAAAGCACAAAGAGCUUGAGUAUUCUGGCUCAUGGCCAUGCACUACGUAUAAGGACCAGGAAACACAAACUAGUUUCAGAGAAGAAUCCCAAAUUCAGCAGCCUCUCCAUGGAUCGCAGCAGCCUCUCCAUGGGCUACAACUUAAGAAAUCAAAUACACUGACCAAUGGCCACUUCUUAAAGUACGGAUCAUCUACUACAGAAUCUGCUCCGAGUAGUUUACCUACUGAUAACAGGAAAGAUAGACCAAUUCCUCCCCCUAGGAAAACUCAGUUUAACAAGUCCAGCAAACUUGAGUGUCCUAGGACUGUGGUCCACUCCAAAACAGGCCAGAAUGAAUCACGUACUACAUCCACAGGGCUUCCUGGGCAGAAAAAUGAACCCAGUUUUGCCCGCAAGGAAGAAAAUAAAUCACCUUGUAGUAUCAAAGAAGCCUUUGGGCAAUUUCUCUUAAAGCCCGUUAGCCGACGUCCUUGGGAUGCAAUAAGUGAACUGGAAAGUAUUAAUAAGGAGAUUCAAAAACAAGAAGAAAGGAAUGUAGAUAAUAAAGAGAAUGAGCAGAAGCAAGAGAGAGAAGAGGAUAAAAAAGUGAACAAGGCAGAGGGAAAAGCAUGUAGAGCGGAUGAAGUCAGCCAAGACCAUGGAUGUAGUGCAGAGGCAAGAAAGGUAAAACCAGCCACUUCUGUGUUUAAAAAGGGAACCAAUAAAAGUAAACCUGAAAGUGAAAAUGCUUCUAAAAUCUCAAAUACAAGAGUUGUAUUUAGUGACCUUAGGAAUGUUAGAUCAGAGGCAAGAGAAAUGGAUAAAUCAGUGAAGGAAAAAAAGGAAAAUGGUCUAAAUCAAAGACAGGAUAAUGCGAGAAAGAUUAUUAAACAGGCUAUCAGUCUGCAUCCAAUGAAAUCAAAUGUUUCAGGUCACUCGGACAGUAAAAAUUCUAAACCACUCAACAACAUUAAUUCUAGGGAAGCAAGUGUUGAAAACCAUAAGAAUAAGGAUUCUGAUCAGCUGAAAAAGGCAGCAGGCAGGAAUAGCCCUGCUUCAAAAAUAGCAUCUGUAGCAUCAUUAUCUUUUAAAAGAAGGAACCAAGGGUGCUCUGAGCCAAAUUUGAGAUCUGUUGUCCUGGAUGUCAAUGAAGGAACCAGCAUUCCUGAUUCUUCUACAAAGAAGGUUUCAUCAAAUGAAUCUCUUCACGCAAGAGCAUCUAGGAUCCUGGGCAUAGAGGUAGCUGUGGAAUCUCUAACAGUUGAUAACAAAACUCUUCCUGCCAAAGACUGUGGAUCCAAUAACAUGGCACAGAGCCGUGAACUGUCAAACACAAGGAUACCGAGGGCUGAAAAGAAAACAAAUGUGGCUUCUUCCAAAGGAAAGCCAAAAAGUGGCUGGUCGAAAAGCACUUUCAUUGGAGAAAGCAACUUGGGAUCAGUGAAGGAUCAGUGUAGUAGUGAAGAAAAGUUGACACGUGAACAGUAUUUUCAGCAGCAUCCUGAUCUUGGCAAACAUCAAGAAGACCAUGCUCCCUCUCUUGAAUCUGCUGUGCUUCCUCUUGCUGAAAGAAAAUCGCUCCCCUCGAAUGUAGAAAGGAAAACUGAAAGCACUUCAAAGGUAACUGUGCCCAGGCAAGGCAAAGUGGCCUCUGCUGUAAACCGAGCGGCCAUGGAUCGCAUAGCGCGGAUGAAAGAAGUCGAUUCAGUUUCUCGGAUGAGACGUCUCACUAUAAAGAACGCCGGAUCUGGUGAGGAUAGAGAUGAAGACAAGCAAUUCAAGGAACCAGAAGGGAAAGCAAAUGAUUCCGCCGUUGGCAGCACUGAAUUUCCCCACAAACUGUCCCAAGGCAGUUGUGUUUCCAAGCGUAUAAUCUCACUGAAUGAAAAUGAACGUUUAGGCAAUAGGAACACAAAGAAAAAUGGAAGAGAUUUACCUAGCUCAGAGGUCUAUGAUCCGAGCCAGGUUGAAAGGGUGUGAUACAAAAAGAGCUGGAUUUCAAGAGAUUUCAAAUCUUUGUGAGGCAUUUUACUAAGUGGCACCAUGUGGAAAUACCCUUAAGCCUCAAUGUUUAGAGAGUGUUGGUAAAACAUCUUACCUGCUAGAGGAGGAAAACAAGUCUUUAUAGAGAAUGUAUGCUUUCUGGAACUUGCAUGAAAGAGUGUGUGUAUAUGUGCGCACGCAAAGAUCUCUUAAUCUGCAACCAUCUAUUUUUCAAAGCAAUAAGAUUUAAUGCCUCUACUUGGCAUGGAUUGGUCACUUUUAAACUGAAUUGAAUAGUGUUCAGUCAGAAUGGUAAACAGAAUUUGGGAGGGGCUCAGGGAAAGGGUUGCUUAUUUCUCUGUAAAAAAUGUAAACAGGAGAGAUUAAGAAAAUUAUUUUUGAAGAAAGAAUGUGAAUUUCUAAGUUAAAUAUCCAAACUUCUGAACUCUCAGCCUUGUUGAACAUUGGCCAUAAAACGGGUUGCAAGAGAACCACUGUUGCCUUUUCAGUUCAAGGGGAUGCCUAACAACAGGACUGAAUGCCAACUGACCAACUGUGAAAUCAAUUGGGACUUGGUCUGAAACGGCUUUGAAUGGAAUUUCUUCCUUCUUGCAUGUCAAGACUAUGCAGACAAAUGGCAUCCUUGGAGGAGGUGAACCCAAAAUAUGGCAGAUCAUUUUGCCGCCUCUGACCUCUGAUCGAGUCAAACCAGCAUCAACUCCACUUUGACCGCUGUCCUACCCUUGCUGUUGUGUAGUUCAUUCUAUUUCCUUUUUCUCUUUGUAGUUUGGGCUCAACAUUCUAUGCACCACCAACUCACAACAACAUCCUUUUCUAAUCUAAGCAACCUUUUUGCAAAAUGUGAUGUAAUUUUCUAUAAUGUAGGCAGUUUACCAGUUCUUUCAUUGGUAAGGUCCCCCCCCCUUCUGCUCUUCUUAGGUGAGUUUUUUAAAGAAACUAGUUAAGAAACUAGUUAUUUGUGCAUCUUCUACACAUUUCACAUUAGCUUCUCUCUACAGCUGCCAUGCUGUGUAUCUUAAUAUUUGAUUCUGUGUCUAUAAAUAAUCUUAUAAAGGAGGUACCUAAAUCUAGACAGGCUUAAAUUUCUUAUUGCUUGGAUUGGUCCUUUUAGAUGAGGAUGUUGCUGGAGUUGGUUCAACUGAUUACUUUCUACCAAGUUAGUUGCCAAAAAUUAAAAAGAUCAGUUUAGUAUGUUUGCAUCCUUAAGUAUGUAAAUUUUGUUUCUAGUGGUGCAAAUACUGAAGCCUUGUACUACAAAUGUACUCAUUAAUAGAAAUAGGAAUCCUUUGCCACUAUUUAAUUCUUGGAGAAAAUCUGGGACCAUCCCUAUGUAAUAACAAGGGAUAAUGCUUGUUUUCACUUGCCUUGAUGGCAACUCUAGCAAUAAGCAACAAAAUAAUAUGUAAUUUCAGUCAUUGAUGCUCAGUGCCAUUUAUAUGUUGAUGUGAUUUGUGCCUAUAUUUGAAAUUCUUGAGCCAGAUUUAUAAGCACCCAUCUUGGUACAGAAACUCAAAGAAUUGCCCUGCCUUUAUGUUUGAAUGUUGUAUUUAUACCUGUUUUGUUUAAUGGCAAUCCAUAUAGGAUCCAUACUUGUAAGCACAAAAAGAGUUAUUUUUGUCACUUAAAAAAUAUUUUAUGUUGGAUUUAGGGCAAACCUUAUUCAUUUCUCCAGGAGUAAUAGCAGUUUAAUUUACUCAAUGUUUAUGUAUCUGUUAUUCUUUAUUUGCUAAUAUACUUCUGGAAAUAGCAUCCUA